ACCGUCAGUCGUCUCAAAACAUCAACCACCUGCUGAAUGCCGUGUUUCGUUUAAUAUCGAAUCAUUGUUUUAUACAUAACGAAAAUUAUAAAUGAAAGUUACUUUGAAGUUGACUAUUUUUAGCUUUUUUUAGUAUAAAAUAUAAGAUAUUGUCGCUAUAAAUGCCCGAUAUUAUUGCGGAAAUAUCAACCACGACUUAUUAAUGGUGUACAAUGGAUGCAGUGGAUAACAAUCAAUUCGAAGUGAAAUCAAGUAAGCGAAAGAUUCAAAGUGGACCAAACGUUUACUUGAACCCGGCUCUCGACUUACUCGCGAACGAAGAUCCCAUGUGCAACACAGCCAUGGAAAUAACCCCGAACAAGAGACGCAAAACCACAAAGAGCGAGAUUGCUGCCUUUGAAAACACUGCUUUAGAUCUAGGUAUUAGUAAGGCAGCGGUCAAUGAAUUUCUACAGAGAGAACUUAAUAAUGUACGCAAGAAUGUCAAACAUUACGAGACUCCUAUCAAAUUUACAGAAAAUCCAACUAUUUCUAAUCCAGAACCCAUUUAUGCCAAUCUCUCUGAAUUGUCCAAUGAACAAAAUAAUUUUUACAAGCAUGAUAAAGAAGCUAUACCAGAUAGUAUUGACGACACAAAUCUGAAUACAAUAGAAGAUGAAAUUGAAAUGGAUUCUGGAAUUUCAGAAUUCGAUAGCAAAUUUAACACAGUCACAAAUAGCGAGCUGGUUAAUAAUGAUAUUUCCGCUAUAAGUAAUACGACAAACAUUCAGACAAAUAUAACAAAUCAAAUAUUUGUUAAUAAUACCAGUAACUUAAGUUUCAUCGAUAGACUCGCACUCGAUUCACCUGCUACCUCAAAUCAAUCACUUUAUCUGGAUGAUGAUUUAAACGAAAGUAAUAUUAUGGAGAUUAAAACAAUAACUAUCAUUACAAAAAAGAAAAUAGUAGGGAAUAAAAAGAACACAAAUCCUUUCUUAGACCCGAAUUUAAAAGUAGACGAUGUGUCCAGCGAUAAUCCGUUUCUGGACGAUAAACCACAACCCGCAAUAGAAUAUAACGUAGAAACUGUAAACAAAUUCGAUAGUGAUGUUCCUAAUAAUUUGAUACCAAGGAAAUUAUUCGCAAGUGACACUAACAGUACGAUAUCAACUGUGAAUGAAUCGUCUCUUAACGGUGAAAAUCAUGAAUAUGAAAAUAUAGAUAGUUAUAGAUCUGAAAGUCCCGUAUAUGAGAAUAUCGGUGAUGAUACAUCAGACAUGUUUUAUAAUAAACAAAGCAAAAUUCUUGGCUUCGAUGUCUCCCAAUUUAGUGCAGUUGAUAUCAUGAAUUUAAACAAAAAGAAUACAACUAACGGAUCGAAUGAAUCAAACGAAAGUAAAAAAGAUUUUAAACAUAUACUUAAAGCGAGUAACAAACUAUCGAAAAAAGUAUUCAAAACUCUAAAGAAGAAGUUAAAAGGAGAUAAGGUUGAACAGAAUACAACCUUGAAUCCAUAUGAAGUUCCGCGAAAACUCCCCAAACAGAAAUCAGAUAAAAAGGACUCGGGGAUAGAAAACCCUGCACUGAAGCUAGAUAAUUCUGAUGAAAUAGAAAUAGAGGAAAUAGAAAAUGAAAACGAAUAUGAGACGAUAAAAACAAUUGAGAAUACAAGACUAAAUACAAAUGUAACUCCGUUGAAAGAAAGAGUUGUAGAUAGCUUUGACCUCUCGCUUAACAAGACUUACACACCCGGUAAGAAAGUUAGAUUCGAUGCAACACUAAAUAGAGAGAAAAUUAUCACUGGGAACAGUUUUAAUAGUGAAAUCCAAAGUCCAGGGUUCGAUUCUAAGGUUGAAAAGUAUCAUGAUGAACUUGAAAAUUGUAUUAAUGAAAGAAAAUUCCUUCAGCAGAAUAUGUAAUAUAUUUUGCAACUUAAUUAUAAUGUAUUAAAAAGCUAAGAAGGCUCUAUAUUAUUAUUGUUAUAGUUUAGUUAUUAGUUUAAUACAUAAUGGAAAUAAGUUAAUGUCGCUUGAAGUAACUUUCUCUAAGUUAUUAAUAGCAAUCUACUGUAUAAAAAACAGUUAAUAUUUUAUUUUCUUUUGUUU